GUUUAUCUCUGAACCUCGAGUCUAGCUUGAUGUUUCAUCACUUGCAAGCAAAAGAUUUUAAUGUGUUCACCUUUUCAGUAAUGAAAGAAAGAGAUGAAAGAAGAGAAAAGUGAAAAAUCAAUUUUUUGUGCAACAACAUGAGAAACAAUGUCUAUUUAUAAUAAGGUUAAUCAAAAUAAUUGUAUCAACAAUGGACCAAAUUUACCACCAGUUAGAAAAGCUCGGCCAAGUUCAUCGACAGAAAGAAGUUGUUUGAAUAAAGUGUUAAGCAGCCAACGUAAAAUGAGUCUGGAGGCUCCCAAUCAACACCAGUCACAAGAUCUAUUGCUUAGGACACCCAACAAAUCUUCUGGUCAGUCAAGAAGGUAUGAGAAGGAAAAGUCAUGUUCUCGAUUGAAUAGAACGUUCCGAGGUGAUUCAGGUGUCAUGGAAAUCAGCUCCAAAGUUCGUGUUAAGCCGGAAAGACAAAAUGAGUUGGUCAAGAUUAUGAGAUAUAAUGAUCCCUAUCCUGGCGAUGAUCCACUCCUUUUGGAGGGGUCGAUGUUACUCGAAAAAUUUGACCAGUCCAUUGAUUCAAUUGAGGCCAAGCAGUCCAGUCAAUCUUGGGUUACAUUGGUCGACUGUAAAUUGAAGCUUCAACGACUUCUUUUAGAGAAAAUCAAAUCUAUUGCCGAAGAAGAUUGUAUCACUUUAAUUCAAGAAGGCCAUUCUUUUGUUAGGCAAAUUGAAACUAUUUACACGGAAGAUCAAUAUAAAUUAGAGACUGCUUGCAAUUUGAUAAAUUUACCUGAAAAAGAUCGUAAAAUUGCUCUGGAUGAUUUCAUCAUUACUAGCAAGAAACGUAAACGACUUCCAGAUGAAACACAGAAUCGCUUCAAUUCAUGGAUUGAUAAUCUCAACAAUUGCCAGAGACUAUUAAAUAUCAAUUAUCGUAUUCCUAAGGAAAGAUUGACCGUUUUGAUGGUCGAGAAAACUGCAAUUAAAUUGGAAAAAAUCAAAGUGACAAUUCUUCAUUGGCUUGCCUUGACUCUCACCAUAAACAUAAAGAUAAUGGCAAUCUAUUGGGAUCAUCUCCCUUUUGAAACGCUCAAUGAUGUGUUCAUUUCGUGUUUGACAUUUAAUCAAAUUUGGCCAACAGAAUCAAUCGAUCCAAUCAGUAUAUUGUCCUUAACCCAAGCGGAAGCCGCUUCAACUCGCAUCUCUUUUUUAAUUCAAAGUGAAGCCAAAAAGAUAACAUCAGCCAAACGUCGAGCUGAUCAACUAAACAACGAGGAAAAAGCUACUACAGAUCCAGUUACAGAUAAAUCGCUAAUGUUACCAGCUUUAGUACCAAAGGGUAAAAAAGUAACAACAAUCAAUCAGUCAUCUUCAUCAGCACUUUCUUCACCUAAUCAUCGUCUUAAAACAAAAAUUGACUCCGGAUCAACAUCUGAUUAUUACACAAAUAGUACAACAAGUAGUGUAUCAACGGAUAAAAAUUGUAUUUUAACUCAAUCAGGUGAAUCAAUUGACUUGGCAUCUUAUUUGUCGAUUGUUUUAUCUUCAUCACAACGGAUCGUUCUCAAACUAUCAUUCCUAUUGCAAACUGCAUCAAAUGGAUCAACAAACAUUUCCCCUUUCUCAUCUUCAUCAAACACCACAAUCAAAUCCCGUAAUAAAAUAAAUCAAAGUAGUUCAUCGUUGUCAGCUCCGUCAACAGCUGCUAAAUCCAAUCCAACUCGAGCAACUUGGUCUAAAAUAAAAUAUUCAAGUGCUUCCAAUAAUCCUAUCCUAAAUUCAUCAAAUUGUUAUGACUAUCUUUAUUGGCCUGUAUUUUGGAAAAAUUUUGCCGGACAAUUAAUUGAUGAUAUAUUAUUUGCCCAAAACAACGUUUUAAUGACUUCAGCUUCAUCGCCAAUCUUUUUCACACCGAAAACCUUUCAAAAGCUAGUUUUUGAUUCGCUCGAUAGUUGUCUUAAAGAAAAUGAUUUUCCACCCGAAGCUAUCAAGGAGAUUAAGAAAAUUUCAAAUGUAUUGAAUUAUCAUCUAACUGAUCAAAGCUGGUUUAAAACUUAUUUAGAAAUCUAUCGAAUCAAUUCCGAUCGGAAUAACCAAGUAUUUGGUCGUAACGAGAAUAUAAAUUAUGUCCCUGAUGCUGUAUGUUUGAUCAACAAUUUAAUUUCGAUAGUUAAUCAAGAGAUGGAUUAUGGAACCUUCGGUGUUUAUCAGAUUUGCUCAAUCAAACAAAUUGAUUCUCUCUUAAGAUUAAUGAUAACUCACACUAGUAAUCUAUCUAAUAGAAAACCCCUGAAAGAUUUAAUCCAAUUUUUCAAAGAUAUCCAGGUUCUGGACAAGGGAGUAAAAUCACUUUCACUGGACAAACAACCCUUUAGCCAUAAUGAAAUUUUGGGAUUGUUAAAUAAUAUAAUCGAGAUAUUGGAAGAGAAAAUAAUCAAUGGUACACAGAAAUUAGCACUUCAGACUUUCGCUCAUAGAAUCAGUCAACAGAAAAACGCAGCAACUUCAAUUAAUCAAAAUGAGCCAAUCAUUCCAUAUGUGAAACGUCUUAUUAUGGAACCCAAUUUAGAAUUACUGGCUGAUUAUUCAAGAUCCAACCAUAUUAACCGACUGAAAACUCGAAUGAUAGCUAUUUUUGCCAAAAUUAUUUAUCAAAUUGUGAUUAAUGACGGACUCAAUAGUCAAAUUAGAUUGACUCGAAACUUGCGAGCGAUCCUCAGACAAGAAAUUGUUGAUUUUAUUAGAGACUAUGAUGGUUGGUUUAAAAGCAAUCAUCAACAAUUGGAUGAAAUCAACGACCUUCGCCAGUUGAUCGAUGAAUCAACCAAAUCAAGAGAGUGUUCAUUAUUCAAAAAAUUGAACAAAAUAUAUCCUAUUCCAAAUAAUUGGAGUGAAUCUCAAACAGUCAAUUUUACUGAUUUACAAAGGUGUGGAUGUUUUUUCUGAUGACUUUACAAUCCACCAAAUUUAAUUUAAAAAUUUUAUCCUUUCACUUGUUUUUACAUAUCCAAUCGUGGUUGAUUGUUUUGUUUAAUAUCUAAAGAUCUUUUAUGUGGACUUAAUCUCAAAUAAAUCGAAAUUACAGAUUUUAAA